CAGAAUAGAAGAGAGACGUAGACCCAACGUUACCCAACAAAACCAACCUCUGUUUCCGGUUGUUGUCCCGAUGACACGAAUAUUAAUAUUUUGGGGUGAUGCUCCCAUGCGCGUGGGUGUCCCAUUUGUCUCACUCCCCUUAUCUCCACGCGCUCCUCACCACCACAACCUUAGCUUCGCACUUUGCAGCUUUUGCAUCUCAUGCCUGUCAUUUACAAACGUUGCUAUGUGAUUGUUUUCUUCCACGGGGUCGCUUUCUUGCAUCAACAGUUGCUUUCUUCCUCAGUCUGUCAUGGCUGCCGCUGAGGUUUUGCAGUCUUGUUCCCAUGCCUUUUGUGGAUAACAUUAUUGUACCUCGUUUCCUUAAGUGUGAGUAAGGUUGCAAAUGGCUCUUCCAAGGGAUGAUAAAGCUGCAUUUUUUCUUCCUCUUUUUUUUUUUUUUUUUUGAUUUUUUUGGUGAGGGAAUGUCAAGUUAGUAUUUUUUUUAGCAGUGAAAGAGAGACAGAGUGUGAGUGUGGUAGGAGUUGAAUGUGUUUUUGGGUUUUUGCAAUGUAGAGAGGAGCCCUUUGUUGAGGAAGGUGGUUUUGACUUUUGGGGUUUUUGGAGUGUCGGUUGUCUUGGGGAGUGUUGCAUAAAUGAAUGACUCCACGGUGAAGAAUUUGGCUAUCACGGAGAAGAAGGUGCAGCACAAGCCUGGUGGUUGUGUUGGCAUUUUCUUUCAGCUCAUUGAUUGGAAGAGGAAACUCUCCAAGAAGAAGCUAUUCUCCAAGAAACUUCUUCCUCCUGCUCGUGCAAAAAAGUUUAAGGGAGAUGAGAAAAUGCCAAAUUCCAAGCUUCACUUGAUUGCUAAUGAGAAUAGUGGGGGUUUCCCAAGUGGCAAAAAAGGUGGGAAUCAUGGUGUAGAUGUAGAUCAAAAGAGUGAAAUGCGAGUUCCGAGUCUUGUGGCUAGGUUGAUGGGUCUAGAAACUAUUCCGGCGGCACAGCGAGAUAAGUCCAAGAAAUCCUUGUGUGCUGAUGGGAAGAAGGAGUAUUUAGGUGAACAUUGUGAGUUGGAUAGGCAAGGCAUGGAUUUGGAAAUGGGAGUUGCAAAGCAUGAUUCAAGGCCUCAGAAGCUUCAGAAAACCACAGCGUAUGAGAGAAGGGCGGUGACUAGGUUUGGAGCUGAGGCCCUGCAAAUUAAGAGUGUUUUGUCCCGAGCAAGAAAGUAUAAUCACCACCAUCAUCAUCACCCAAAGCUUGCUUCUUCAUUGAAGAGCCCGAGAAUUCCUUCGGGAAAGGGUGGUUCUCGAAGCUCUAGGUUAAUAGGCGCAGCUGCUAAAAUUUUGGAACCUGGACUGCAUAGCAGAAGUAGAGCUGAGUGUUCUAUUACAUAUCCUGCUUCCAUGUAUCCUGCUAAGACUGACAUCGUGACAAAUGGUGUUGAAGAUCGGUCAGCAAUUGUGCAAAAUCAAUGUUGUUAUGAUGCCUGUUCAACCAAGCAAUUGAUGGGGCAGACCUCUUGCAAAAAUUGUGGUAAUUUGCUUGAUGUUGUUGACUGCAAGUUUGAGGUUGGGGGUGUUCCUCCACCUGUUGUUUCAGAUGUGAUCACUGCUACUUCUAUGGUAUCAUUGGAGAAGAAGGGAAAGUCAUUCGCUCCCUCUCCUGGGCAAGAAAGGGAUGUAGUUCUUCUGAGAUGUCAGGAAAAGCACAUAUCUCUUGUUACUGAACAAGAAGGAAAAAAUAAUUCACAUCAGUCAUGGAGUGAACCCACUGCCAGAAGAAUGCCAAUGCCCCAUGAAACUCCAGCUAAAUGGAAUUCGUCAUGCCAACCAUCAAAGGCCCUAGAGGGUGAUGCAUCUUCUUCUGCCUUGAAACACAAAACUCAAACACAAGAACAUAUGUUAAGCCGUGAAAGAUAUUCAUCUGGGUCUACAAUGAGUGAUAUGCAAGUAAAAAGGGUAUCGUCAUCUAUGAGCACUAUGAAUGGGAGUAAAGACUUUGUUGCUAUGAACAGAAGCCUAAGUGGUCGAACAAGGACGAGGUCACCUACCAAAGUGGAUAGUUCUAAAUUUGACCUAGAGAAAAAACCUUGUAAUAGACAGCAUAAUUCCUUAUGUCAUGUAAGAACAUUAGAGAGAAAAAGAAGGAUACCGAAUGUCACACAACUAGAAGGCACGGUUUCUGUUUAUUCAGUUGGUGCAAAACAGAGAAAUCUUCAUUCUGCUGGGCUAGGUGGCAAAAGGAGGGACCUGAAUGCUUCCUCCUUGAACAAUUCUAUUGUGAAAAAUAAACAAGUUUGUCUUGGAGAAAAGGAUAAGAUUAAUGACAAUAAGAUCAAUGAUGUGGUGUCGUUUGCAUUUAGUUCUCCCCUGAAGCAAAAGAUAGGAAUUCGUAUCGAGAAGGAAGAGGCAAGUAGUGACAAUGAGAGUAUGCCGUCUUUCCAAAGGCCUUUGACAUUGAGAGAUGCUUUAGGUGCCAUUCUAGAACAAAAAUUGAAGGAAUUAACCUCUCAAAGAGAAGAGGAGUUGGCUACAGGUGCUCUGCCUAAAAAAUCAAGUGCCAUGAUUCUUCAAGAGCUGAUAUCUGCUCUAAGUUCAGAGCAUCUGAUAUGUCAUGAUGGUCGUCACAUGUUUAAUGAAAAUGCUGGUUUUCAUUAUGCGGCAAAACAAGAAAGGUUAUUAGGAACCUCUUGCAAUGCUAAUCAUCUGAGUCCUGGAUCUGUUUUGGAAGCUUCCUUUUCUUCCAGUAGUCUUGAUGAAAGCUCAGGGCAUGGUUUUCACCCUGACUCAUUGAAUUACUCUUGUGGUCAACUGGAACAAUUGGAACAUGAUACCAAACUUUCAGAUUCUGCAACAUCCUUUAACAAGGAGAGGAUAGGUGAGAAACUGAGUGAUCUUGUCAACCAAAUUCCCAGGGCAUUAGAGAUUUUAUGCUCUUUUGGGACAGAAUUGACAAGAAUCAAGCUCAACCAUAUGAAGGAUAUUCUCUUGCAUGCUGAGUUACUGCUUGGAAUCACAGCAGUCCGCAGAGAGGAUGAAGGGCCACAACUUCUAAUUUACCGGUUUCUUGUUGAUGAUCUGGAUGCGAUGGUGGGUGAAGCUAUGUGGACAGAUUUUAAUGGUUUUGUUUUGGGUUGUGAGGAUUCUAGACAGAGAAAGGAGCUGAAGGGGUUUCUCCUUGAUUGUGUUAUAGAAUAUAUAGAAUCAAACUGCUGCCAAUAUUUUAACUGUGGAUUCAAGGCAUGGACAAAGCUGCCAUUAUGCAUGAAGGCUGAGAUGUUAGCUCAAGAGGUCAAGAGGGAGAUCAACAAGUGGUUAUCUAUGGUUGGGAUGGUACCUGAUGAAAUAAUAGAAUGGGAAAUGAGCCACUCCUCUGGGAAAUGGACUGACUUUGAUAUUGAAGCAUUUGAAACAGGUGUUGAUAUAGAUGGGGAUUUACUUCAAACGUUGGUUGAUGAAGUUGUUGAAGAAAUUGUAGUAGGUUGCAAGCAGGGCUCCAUUUCCUUCUAAAAUUCCUUUCUGCUGGUCAUGCGACAGCUCACCAGUUAUUUCUCUGGCUAGAUGUUCUGAUCUAACAAGUGUAAUUUUUUUUGUACAAAUAGGAUUAUGGAAUUUCUGAUGUAGGCUUCCUUUUGGCUCUUUGAAUUAGUGGACAAAAUAAAGUCCAGUGACCAAGUUUUUUGUUUUA